CCCUCCCUCCCUUUGACUCUGCACGGCUCGUAUCCAUCUCCGGCAAUCUGAUCGAUCUACGAAGCAGCCAUGGUCCGAUCCGUCACAAAUGAGGAGUUCAUCUCCCACCUCACCACCCUCUACAGCGAUUCAGCCUCCUCUGGCUCCGUCUACCUCACCUCGAAGCGUCUCACCUAUGCGCCUCUUCUAGCAGACCAAAAGGACGCUCAAGGAGACUCGUCCAUGGCCUCUACCUCGAGCGCCAGCACCUCCUCCUACCCGCUCCUCUUCCGCCUGACAGACGGCAAGUCCACCCCGUCCAAGGUCGCCCUCUCCACCCAAGUCUCCGCCUCUGCCCUCGCUGGAUUUCAAGAGAUGCUCAGCUCGACAUUGAGGACGUGUCUGAGUGGCUGUCUGAGGAAGAGGGAUAAAGCAAAGGAGAGAAAGAGCGACAAGGUCGUUGCUGCAAGGAAGAAGAAGGAUGAGGAGCUCGGAGGAUGGAAGGGAGUGGCCAAGGUUGGCAAGAAACGAGGAGCAGGUCAUCGGCAACAUCAGCGCGCUCAAAAGAGGGCAAUGAAGCUGCGCAAGGAGGAAAAGGUCCAGGCGGCAAAGUCAAAGGCGUCAGGAGGGGCAUCUUCAGGUGAAGGGGUUGCCGUGGCAAAGGCUGGAGGGGAGGGGACGUCAGCAGCUGGACAAGCACAACAACCAGCGGCAGCAGCAGCGAGUGGAGCAAGCAAGAAGAAGCCAAAGAAAAAGGGAGGAAAGAAGUAGAGGUGUAGAGCAGAUGUAGAGGUGUAAAGCAGAUGUAGAGGUGUAAAGCAGAUGUAGAGGUAUCAAGCAGGUGUAGAGGGUUUCGCUGGGCCGUCAUGGAGAUGCAGGCCUCUGAACCACCAUUUCGAUGC